AUGAAAGGGUUUGAGCAGAAGAGUUACUUGGGCCUGAAAGCAGCAUCAUAUAACAUGAGAAUCAGUCCUUUCCGAAGAACAGAAGUUUGUUGUCAACUGCAAAGGAUCGACUCCUCCAUGACAUGGCCGGUAAUUGCUCACGAGGAGGUUCUGGUAAAGAGUAAACCCACCGAACCUGUGAUUCAUCAACCUCUUCACCUAAGCCGACGAGCACUUCGUAACCGCAAGUCCCCUACUCAGAGAGCUGCCUUUCAAGAAACUAAUAUCUCUCCUGAUAAUUUCAUAUACCCGGUCUUCAUUCAUCAAGGUGAGGUAGACAUUCCGAUAAAAACGAUGCCCGGACGUUACAUGCUUGGCUGGAGACACGGCCUCAUCGAAGAAGUUGCAAGGGCAAGAGAUGUUGGUGUGAAUAGCAUAAUGUUGUAUCCUAAAGUUCCUGAUACGUUAAAGUCUCCAACAGGAGAAGAGGCGUUCAACGACAAUGGUCUAGUGCAACGAACAGUUGGUCUUCUCAAGGAUAGAUUCCCUGAUCUAGUUAUUUACACUGAUGUCAAUUUUGACGAGUACUCUUCCAGUGGCCAUGGUGGGAUCACAAGCGAAGAUGCAGGUGUGAUAUUGAACGAUGAAACAAUUCACCAACUGCACAAACAAGCAGUUUCUCAGGCUCGAGCUGGAGCAGAUGUUGUUUGCACCAGUGAAAUGUUAGAUGGUCGUGUUAGUGCGGUUCGUGCAGCACUAGAUGCUGAGGGGUUUCACCAUGUUUCCAUCAUGUCUUACUCUGUCAAGUAUACAAGCUCAUUGUAUGGCCGUUUUCGCAAAGUGCAAUUGGACAAGAAAACGUAA